GUAAGGUCACGUGAUCAUGGUCGUCUUGCUGCUCCAGAGUAUCACUAAAGUUCGGUAUUUUGAGCUGUUACUUUGAAAUUUUCUGUUCUUUAUUCGUCAGAAACAACGCUCUCGGCUGAAGAAGACAUAUAUCUAAGAAGUAAUGGCUGGUCCGGUGUGUGUAUUAGACUGACGAGGCAACAUUUGUUAACGAAUUAUUCGGAAUUUGGAGCUUAAAGUUAAAGCGGCGGAAUGUUGUUUUGAGGAACGAUUUGCCAUUUUCAUCGAACGCUGGGUUCUUCGAUGAGUUGGUUGAUGAAUUUUCAGUCAAGUCUUUUCUUCCCAAUAUCACAGAUCCAAAGAAAUAUGUAGUGCAUAAUAAGUGUCUGGCCAACGGAAGACCUUCUAACAAUCAAAACAAUCUUAUUCUGACAAUAAGAUAUUUCAUUGCCAGUUGGGCUGCUCUUUCGUUGUGCUCUUGGCCUUGCCUUGAUGACUUCGUUGAUGUAGUUUGGAUUACUCGUCAUGUAAUGGUUAUAUUACUAGCUCAUUUCGCCAUCUUGGAGAGUCACAGAUAACUCAUAGAAGGUGAAAUAAUUGAGCUUGGCUAUUAGUUUGCAGACCGUGGAAUCUUAAUAAGCGAAGCUACCAAAAUGGGCUGAAUUGGGACAGGCCAAGUAGAUACAAAUCAAAGCUGUACGAUUUAUGGCUCACAGUCAAGCAUCGACUGAGGAAGUUCAGCUGGUUCCAGCAGAUUCCAAUGCAAGCCAUAAUAAAACAGUUACACCAAAGACCAUAGUUCUACAUCGUGUCAGCAACAGCUUUGGUUUUACCUUGAGACAUUUUAUUGUUUAUGCUCCUGAAGUGAUAAGUUCUGUACCAUCAAAUGAGAGCCGAACUAUUAAUGGGAUUGACAAUGAACCGUCUAGAAGUCAGCAAAUUGAUGCCAUAUUUGUCAGACAAGUCUCACCUAAUGGCCCUGCAGACAAAGCUGGUCUGUCAUCAGGUGAUCAAGUAGUUUCUGUUAAUGGUAUUCAUAUCACAAACAAGUCAUACAAACAAGUUAUUGAUCUUAUCCAAAAAAGUCAUGACAGUGUAGAGCUUGGUAUUAUACCUAAGGAAGAAUGUAUUUUGCAAUUAGUCAGUCCAGUUAUGACUGUAAGUCAUCAGUCUGUAAACAAAGCAAAACUUACCGACACAACUACCUCACCAAGUAUUACAUCAACAAUGACUAUUGCUCCAAGCCAACCCUCCACUAAUGACUCUCAGAGCAGUGCGUCAUUAAUGGUCAGUAUCAGUGACCCCCCUGAUAACGUGACUAGAAGAUCAUCUGUAGAUAGACAUGCGCAGGAAAACAGGAAUUACGUUGUGUCCAACAAAUAUGAUGAGGUCAAUAACAAUUCAGACGAGAAUAAAAAGUCCAACCAAGGGACCAAAGGACCAGGUGGUGGGACGUUUUUCUUUGCAACUACUGAUUACACAGGGAAACCAAAAGCUUUACACUUUCAGAGAGGUACAAAUCUAGACCAGCUACAGGUCGUUGAUAAUGGUAAGUCACGGUCCAAAUCUCUACCAAGUGUAGAGAUGGAAGGAUUUCAGAAUUGGCAAGAAAGACAUAAACACAACAUUCCUUCACAACGUAAUGGACCAAAAAUGUCAAUGAAUGAGAGCUCGUUAGAAAUCAAUAUUAACCAACCAGAAAACAAACCUGUUUUAUCGUCGUCUCGUGUUGUUGCGUCUGACAGUCCAUCUACAGUCAAUGUUAGCACAAACUCUGACUUCAUGUCAAGACAGCCUAUUGCUAGGGAACCAAAGAGACGACCUAGCACCGAAGAGUCUUCGUCGUUUCUUGUGAAAACCAUAUCAUCCCAUAUGAACCGUGAACGAAGUCCUAGUGCUUUGCAGUCGUCAACAGUAGGUGCAACGUUGCUAGAAAGUCAACCUACUGGGAAUAGCGACGCCUCACAACCCAUCAAUGUACAAACCAAUCAGGUCUCUGUCUACACAAAUUCAUCGGAACAAAUUCAAUUAUCACUAUCAAAUGAGACAGGAGACCGCUUUGGUAUUAAUAAAAAACAACAGACAUUUGAAGAAAGACGAGCUCAACAAGCCGGCACUAGUCCAAGGCAGCGUAGAACAUCCUAUUUGAUGGCUACAAAUGCAGCUAACAGAAAUUCAACUAAGUCCAAACCAUCAGGGAUUAGCUAUGGAGGUGUUGUUAAAAAGACGCCUACAUUAUCAUCGGCCUUGUCAUCUACAUUUAUGACACCUAUGAUGGCCCAUGUAUCAUCAGGUACAGACACGCCCAAGGACGAAGCACCCAUGGACGAAGAUGAGAUUUUUGUAGACAACGAGACUGGUAUUGACGUCUCACUUGGUCCUCGGGUAGGAAGACGAAUAUCGUAUGUAAUGGCAACAUCAUCGUCAACUUCUCCUCGUGUAGUAUUAGAAGGGAUGAAAGAAGAAGAUGAACAGUCCAAUGAAACUGUUUCUGGAUUAAUGGAGGUAAUCAAAGAGGGUUUUUUAUGGAAGAAGCUUGUCGUUCGUGAUGGUGGAAAGCGAUCAAGCUCACGUUCUUGGAAGGCUGUGUAUUGCAUUUUACGUGGACAUGUACUUUAUUCUCAUAAAGACAGAGAUUCAGCUCAUCAAACAAAACCGGGUGAUAGUGGUGAUGACCAGCAACCAAUCAGCAUCAAGUCUUGUAUCAUCGAUAUAGCACAUGACUACACUAAGCGUAAAAACGUUUUUCGCCUCACUACAUUUAAUGGCUGGGAGUAUCUAUUCCAGUGUGAGGAUGAGUCGUCCAUGUUGAAGUGGAUCGAAGCAAUACAAUCAAACAAUAAUCCUGAUGAAGAUGAGUCUGGUGUCACGAGCCAAAGUCUCAUCAUCCGAAGAAUGAAAAAUGUAGAACAAGAGUCUACAGGGACCUCUCAUUCAUCUGGACAUAAACUCACCCCAACUCCUGCUAAGAUCCCUAAUUUCUCAAAUCUAAAGAAAAGUUUGUCUUUCAAAAACAUUUCUGGGAUACAAAAUAAAGACGAAGGCAGUAAAAACAAGUGGAAUAAAAGUAGCAAAAAACGUAAAAAGCAGUCACCGAACAUGGUCAACUACGUCCAAGGUCAUUCUAUUGGAGUACCAUUGGAAAUGUGUCCCAUGUCAAGAGUUAUCAAGUGCGUCCCAGUACUAGUGGAGCAUUGCUGUGACGUGAUAGACAAGAAAGGAAUUGAAUGUGUUGGUGUUUACAGAGUGCCUGGUAAUUCAGCUGCGGUAUCGCUGUUACAAGAUGAAGUCAAUAAUAAGGGCGCUGAAAGUGUGAACUUUGAAGAAGAGAAAUGGCACGACGUCAACAACAUCACAAGUUUAUUGAAACAAUUUUUAAGGAAACUCCCUGAAGGUCUUUUAACUGCAGACCUUUAUGAAGGGUUUAUUGAAGCCAAUAAAAAAGAGGAUCCUGUAGAACGUAUGUGGGCUUUAAAGUGUCUGAUAAACGAGCUGCCUGAACACAGCUUUGAGACGCUGAAGUUUCUGUUGGCUCACUUAAAACGAAUAGCUGAUAAUGCUGAGACUAAUAAGAUGGAAGCGCGUAAUUUAGCCAUCGUUUUUGGACCUACACUCGUCCGUACAGGUGAAGAUACUAUGAUCUCUAUGGUGAAAGAUAUGUCAGACCAGUGUCGUAUCGUCGAAACACUACUAACACAUAGUGACUGGUUCUUUGAAGAAAGUGGCGAGGGAGAUGAACCUCCGAGCAAGCCUCCUGUCUCUGCUGGAGGACAAGAUCAUUUUGUAUCCAUGAGAGUGUUGUCUUCGCUUGGUCAAGCUGCUGGCAACUUUGGUGAAGAUGGAAACAUGAAAUCAAAGUCUGGUGGUGGUUUAGCGCACAUAUCUCUACACAUUCCCAAAUUCCGUGGUAAGCAUAGCAAGAGUGAGUCCCACGAUAGUUCAUCUCCUGAAGCGGUCAUGUCUGAUGGUAGUGUCUCACCCACCUUAGACCGAGGGGGACUACCGAUCAGGGCGGCAGCAGGUUCCUGUCCCGGUUCACCCACACAAGAACGUCAUAAACUGGCGCCAAAAAGAAGUUCCGACUUAACUUCUUUGUCAACGGGUUCAAUAACUCCAGCCUUCGAGGUGGUCGAUGAUUCUAGAAUAAGAGGAUCUUCAUCAUUGAAGGCAUAUUCGUACGCCCGUCCUCCACCCCCUUCGUAUCGAAAAGUUGGACCUCAACGGGGCAUGAAUCAAACAAGUGAGCCUGGUCCUGAGGCAAUGCCGGUAUGUGUGACGUUUACUGGACCGACGACGCCUGAAUCAGAGAUUGCACCAAAGUUUGAGUACGAUCCUGACCAGGAUAGCCAUACAUCCAAGCCUUCAUUUGCCUCGUUAAGUGAAGAAACACGGUUAAGACUGCUGAAAGUAAGUUUACAUCAGAAAGCCAUGGAGAAGAAACGUCAAUCUGAGAGCAGUAGUCCUGGAUUGAGUCCUCCAUCGUCAUCACAUUUUGAUGCAUCGGACGAUUCCCACCCUCGUAAGAGUACUGACUCGGAGAAUUUUGGUAGUAGUGAACAUUUACCGAGUAGCAGUAACACUAGUCGAAGCAGCAGCACACCAAGCAGCAAGACUGCUUCACUGGACUCACUCCAUCAAUCUGACAACCCGGAAGGACGCAAGAUACAUCCUGCACGAGUUACCACUAGUGGAGGGUGGAAGGCAACACCUUCCCAGUCGACCGUCACACCAAAUCCUCCGCCUCCAAUAGAGACAAGCGAAACUGUUGUAACAGUAGUCCAAGGCAAAGAUGUCAAAAGCUCCGCAGGGGAAGCCAAACGACGGCCAUCUAGCUCAGAUAUUCGAGCAAGAAGAAACACUGCUGAAGGCUUGCGCGUACGACCCUCCAUGCAAUCCGAAAGUAGCGACUCUUCAAGUGAAGAUGAAGCAAGCGAGUUACAACUGAACAUGUCCAAGAGCUUUGACGAAAAGUUAAGAAUACUUUUAGACCUGAACUACCCGUUUAAUCAAGAUGGAAGAAAGAAAGUGGAAAAUGAUGAAAUACCAUCAAGCGAGCAUAGUAGAAAAUUAUCCAUCGACAAACAUCGACAAUCGUCAGAAUCGGAUCGUCACUCAGUCGAUGACAAUCGUUCCAGCACGUGUAGUUUGCCAGUCUCAAACUCAGAAAGAAGACCAUCUUUUGAACUGAAGCCACCUACACGUCGCCGAGUUUCUGUGGAUGGAACCGAGACUAGAACUACUAUCCAAAUCGAACCGAGAAAAAUAAGUACUCUCAGCAGUCCUCCAGAUAGACGUCCAUCGUCAGAAACUACAAAAACUGUUAUCAAUGUGGAUACACAAAGAAAGAAUAGUUUUCCAGGUGGAGAACGCCAUUCAGCUCCAUUGCAGCCUGUUAUGGGUCGAGUACGAACUACAACACCAGUUGCUCUUAAAGAAUUCAAAAUAGCCAGUGCUACCUUUAGAAAGGAUUUGGUUGGAGCUGGUCAAAGGGGUCAACCAAGAAAGGUUGUUCAUAAAGACUCUCCAAUAAUUAAAGCUAAAACAGAAGAAAGUAGUAUUACCAUCAGCCCCGCCCCUAGUCCACGAAGCUCGUAUGGAAGUCUUGCAAGAAGCCCUCGGAGUUCUGUUACAGACGCUUCACCCCGUAACUCAUUUGGUGAAAGUCCAAGAAAUUCUCGUUCCGAAGUAAACAUCAAUUUGUCAAGGUCCCAGAGACCAUCGCAAGGUGAGCGCAAACCUUCAGCUCAGACUGAGCACAAAUCUCUUCCUAACUCAGAGCGAAAACCCCCGUCCGAAGCGGAGCGAGCUUCCCAAGUAAAUCAGAAGUCACCUUCACAAUCUGAACGUAGACUGCCUUCAGAAGAAGACCGAAAGCCCCUUCCACAAGCAGAAAGAAAGUCUCUUCCACAAACAGACCGAAAAACUCAUUCUCAAUCGGAGCGUAAAUCUCUUUCGAAGUCUGAGCGUAAACCCCCACAAACAGAACGUAAGCCUCCCAGUAAAUACGCUGCAAUGGCUGCAAGACUCCAUCAAGUGGAGCCGAAAGUGAUGGGGCGUGAAUCAGGCGUCAAACCAAAGACAUUUCCGCGAGAUGGUGGACAGCGUAGGGAUAUCCUACCAUCAAAAGGACGACAUACUUUCAAAGAACCUGGAAGAGAAAAACAAGCUCAUCAUUUGGAAACGAAUGCUCAACACAUCGCUGAUUUGCUUGAAGAAAUGCACAGUGAACGAUUAAAGAUGAUGCGUCAGCGGUCUGACAUUUCAGGACAGGCUCAGAAAGCAGCUGCACAGAGGGCUGCAUCACGCAGGCGCAGACGUUCUGUUGGAGAUGAAAAUGAACCCAAUUUAAAGGAACUAGAAGUAAAAGAUACUGAUGAAGAUAAAGACUGUCUUCUGAAAACCUCUUCUGACGUAACGCGUUACAAAUGGUCUGCUGAACAACAAGAUAUUAAACAGGCAACUAACAGAGUGCAUCCUGGUAGCACAAAGAAAGGCAAGAGCAGAAAGGAUUAUAACUAGUAGUUUAUUAAAUAACGUUUUUAUAUUUGAAUGAACUUUACAGGCCUAAAAUGACAUGUGGUAAUUUUAAACAUGCUGUUAUGCUAUGUUUCGUUUUACUGAUUUGUGACGAAGCUUAAAGCCUACAAAAAGCAAUGACAAUUACCGGGACGUGUAGCCAAGCAAUCUAUCCUAUACUAGAACAAAGCACAAUGUGAGAAAUGUCCUCAAUAGUUAUAUUUGCUAGUUUUAUCUCGAAAAAAUCCGUUGUAAUCUUUUUUUACAGAAUCUGUAGAUUUAUACCGACCGAGAGGCUUAUAGUCACUUUAUGGUGAUUGUCGUUGGCUGCAGUCACAUUUUGAUAUAAAUUUUAUACCUCAGAGUAUUUUCUACCAACAUUCCAUACCAGUACUAGUUUCGUAAACAUUUCUCACUUAUCGAUCUGCUACUUAAAAAGACUUUAGAAUAGCUCGAACAUUUAGCAAAUGUGUCCAAGGUUAGAAUGUGUAGUAUAAGCUUAUUAUAUUUAGUAUUUACUGUCGGUCAAUAUACAGUACUCCUUUCUGUGGAGCCAAAUAGCCAGUAUCUUCAAAAUAUGAAGACUAAAGGCCUAGUACCCAUGUCCCUCUCACCUCGUUGUCGAGAGAUCCUGGGCUUCAAGGUCAUAUAAGUAUUUUUUUGGAAACAGCAUUGUUUUUCUUUUCUCUUCUUUUGGAAAAAAUACAGAAUUGUAAAUGAAUUUUCUCAAAGCUGAAAGAUUGAAUAUUACUAUUUUUAAUACCAUUUUCAUGAUAACAUAUAUUAAUAUAACUUAAUACACAGAAAUAUUUGUAUGAAAAUGA